AAAAUAAAUGUUAAUUAUGGAGCAAUAAUGGAAAUAAAGAAGGCUGUUACUAUGUCCAUUGUGCUCUGGAAUAGUUCUGUUGAAGUUCUGCUUCUCAAAAUGGCAACGUAUUUCAGAUAAAGAAAGGAAGUCCCUCUAAUUGAAACUGCUGUGUCAUUUCUUCUUCCUUAACUGAAAUUCCAACCAAUGUUCAGGAAAUGCCCCAGUGAGCCACUUCUCUUUUCUCUUUCCUCAACGAACUGGAUUCCAACCACUCAAAACUAUUCAUUGCAUAUGAUCAGAUCCUUUAUUUUGGUUGUCUCUUUUGGCAUGGUGUUUAUGUUAUGGGAAGAAGGAUUAGAAUUUGGUGCUGUUUAUAGAAGUGAUAACACUGAUAGAAUCCAGUCAUUGCUGGUUACAUCCCAUCUGGAAAAUCCUGCAAGGGUUCAGCUACAGAAAGUUGAGAGACAGCAAAUUAAACCCUUCAUGACUCUUGACCAUCAGAUCAUAAACCAGACUCUUAAACAGCCUUACCCCCCAACAAGUAGUGCAUUUCUGAUACACCAGAGACAUCCAGCUUCAGAGAAUAAUGCUCAUCUCACUGCAGAUCCAUUUGCCAAGUUGAUAAUUCCUGGAAAAGAAGAUAAGAAUGCAGAAUGGCAUAUGGAGGACAUCAUUGAGGAUGUAAUUGGUAUGGAAUCAAAUUUUAAAGAGGAAGGAACAGAUUCUCCUGUCCUAACGCAAAGAACAUUAUCUGGAAGUAUUUUGGAUGUAUACAGUGGUGAGCAAAGACUUUCACCAGUUAAUAUGGGACUGACAAGUGCUUCCUGUCCAAGUAGUCUACCAAUGAAAAGAGAAAUUACAGAAACUGAUACUCGAACAUUGGCAAAAGAGAGACAAAAAAAGGACAACCACAACCUCAUUGAACGAAGAAGGAGGUAUAAUAUUAAUUACCGAAUCAAGGAACUUGGCACUCUUAUUCCAAAGUCUAAUGAUCCUGAUAUGCGCUGGAACAAAGGAACCAUUCUAAAAGCAUCGGUGGAGUACAUCAAGUGGCUACAAAAAGAACAACAGAGGGCUCGGGAAUUAGAACACAGACAGAAGAAAUUAGAGCAGUCAAACAGACGACUUCUACUCCGGAUUCAGGAACUAGAAAUACAGGCUCGUGCUCAUGGUUUGCCAAUCCUGGCUUCAUUUGGCACAGUUGAUUUAGGUGCUCCUGUCAACAAACAGCAGACCCAGCUUGAACAGAAUUCAGUGGACUUUUGCCAGCAAUUGACUCCGUCUCAGGGGACAAGCCCUGAGCUCUGUGAUCAAGCUAUGGCCUUCUCUGAUCCUUUGUCACACUUCACAGAUUUGUCAUUUAGUGCGGCUUUGAAAGAGGAACAGAGAUUGGAUGGCAUACUGCUGGAUGAUGCAAUAUCUCCAUUUGGAACAGACCCUCUGCUAUCUGCCACUUCCCCUGCAGUCUCCAAAGAGAGCAGUAGGAGAAGUAGUUUUAGCUCAGAUGAUGCUGAUGAGUUAUAAAAUUUAAACAGACUCAAUUCA